AAGCAAUCCCUCAUCCAUCGCAAUAAUAUCCAUUAAUGUGAAGUGGACCAAAAGAGAGAGAAGCGAGUGUUACAGUCCUCAAAAUAGAGACGAAACCAUCCUAAUCCUUCAAACUCUCUCACAGCUUCAAGACUCCACUGGAAGCGCCACUAUUGUCCCUACACUCCUCUCCUUUAUAAGGUCUCUUCUCACGAGGCUCUCUCUCAAACCAUUAAAAGAUGCGUUUGCUAGUAGCAGAAGCAGCUUCACCAUUGUCCUCUGCUGCAACUCCAACAUGUAACUCUCAUACUUGCAGAUGGAAGCCUUACUCAAACUCUACUGACUUCACAGCUAAUGCAUCAGUCCUUCUCAUCCUUGUCAUCUCUGCUCUCAUUUGUGCUCUCUCUCUUUACGCUGCAAUUCGUUGCUUUCUCCGACCAACCCUCGAGACUGAAGACGACCACAAGCCUGACCCUGAAGCAGCUGCUUCAUCCACUCCAACAACUCCUACACUUGUCUACUCCUCCGACCUUGAACUCGCAGGAGCUGAAGCAGAGUGUGCCAUUUGCUUGUCGGAAUUUGAACAAGGAGAAAGCAUUCAAGUGCUGGAGAAAUGUCAGCAUGGUUUCCAUGUUAAGUGUAUCCACAAAUGGCUCUCUACUCGCUCCUCCUGUCCCACUUGCAGAACUUCUAUCUUCUCACAACACUCUGAAACUCCUUCAAGCCACAUCAAUGCUUAGCUUCUUUUUUUAAUCUUGUUUUUCCAAAAGCUUUAGAGUUGUAUCAUGUUUUGCUUGAGAUUACCCUGUAUCUGCUCUGUAUUAUUAGGUAACGUAGACCAACCAAAGUAUUUACUUAAGUACUUGUAUUGUAUCAAUCUAAUUCUACAUCGCCACACAAUGAAACAGUGUUUUUUUUUGUUUUGAAACAAGAGUUCAUUGUACUAGGAAAGUUUCUGGACCAAUCUUCAGUAAGAAUCAAAUAAAACUCAGAGCAACUUAAAUUAUAA